AUGGGCAGCGACCGGAGCGCGCCCGGACGGCCGGGCUGGGCGGGCAGUCUCCUUGGCGGCCGGGAGGCGGCGGCGCGGCCGCGACUGCUGCCGCUGCUCCUGGUGCUUCUGGGCUGCCUGGGCCGCGGCGCAGCGGCGGAGGACGCAGAAGUCAAUGCCGAGAACUGGCUGAGGCUCUACGGCUACCUGCCCCAGCCUAGCCGCCACAUGUCCACCAUGCGCUCUGCCCAGAUCCUGGCCUCAGCCCUCGCCGAGAUGCAGCGCUUCUAUGGGAUUCCGGUCACAGGCGUGCUUGACGAAGAAACCAAGGCGUGGAUGAAGCGACCCCGCUGCGGGGUGCCAGACCAGUUCGGGGUGCGCGUGAAAGCCAAUCUGCGGCGACGGCGGAAACGUUAUGCCCUCACUGGGAGGAAGUGGAAUAACCACCACCUGACCUUCAGCAUCCAGAACUACACAGAGAAGCUGGGAUGGUACCACUCACUGGAGGCAGUGCGAAGGGCCUUCCGUGUGUGGGAGCAGGCCACGCCCCUGGUCUUCCAGGAGGUGCCCUAUGAAGACAUCCGGCUGCGGAGGCAGAAGGAGGCUGACAUCAUGGUACUCUUUGCCUCUGGCUUCCACGGCGACAGCUCACCAUUUGAUGGCACAGGGGGCUUUCUGGCCCACGCCUAUUUCCCUGGCCCUGGUCUGGGCGGGGAUACCCAUUUCGAUGCAGAUGAGCCCUGGACCUUCUCCAGCACCGACCUGCAUGGGAACAGCCUCUUCCUGGUGGCUGUGCAUGAGCUGGGCCACGCGCUAGGGCUGGAGCACUCCAGCAACCCCAGUGCCAUCAUGGCGCCAUUCUACCAGUGGAUGGACACCGACACCUUCCAGCUGCCUGAGGACGACCUCCGGGGCAUCCAGCAGCUCUACGGCACCCCGGAUGGUCAGCCACAGCCCACCCGGCCUCUCCCCACUGUGACUCCCCGGCGACCGGGCCAGCCAGACCAUCGGCCUCCCAGACCCCCUCAGCCACCACCCCCAGGAGGGAAGCCGGAGCGGCCCCCAAAGCCAGGCCCCCCAGCCCAGCCCCGAGCCACGGAACGGCCUGACCAGUAUGGCCCUAACAUCUGCGACGGGGACUUUGACACAGUAGCCAUGCUGCGUGGGGAGAUGUUCGUGUUCAAGGGCCGCUGGUUCUGGCGGGUCCGGCACAACCGCGUCCUGGACAACUAUCCCAUGCCCAUUGGGCACUUCUGGCGUGGUCUGCCCAGUGACAUCAGUGCUGCCUACGAGCGCCAAGAUGGACGCUUUGUCUUUUUUAAAGGUGACCGCUACUGGCUCUUCCGAGAAGCCAACCUAGAGCCCGGCUACCCGCAACCGCUGACCAGCUACGGCCUGGGCAUCCCCUACGACCGCAUCGACACGGCCAUCUGGUGGGAACCCACAGGUCACACCUUCUUCUUCCAAGAGGACAGGUACUGGCGCUUUAAUGAGGAUACACAGCGUGGAGACCCCGGCUACCCUAAGCCCAUCAGCGUGUGGCAGGGGAUCCCUUCCUCCCCCAAAGGGGCCUUCCUGAGCAACGAUGCAGCCUACACGUACUUCUACAAGGGCACCAAGUACUGGAAGUUUGACAACGAGCGCCUGCGAAUGGAGCCGGGCUACCCCAAAUCCAUCCUGCGGGACUUCAUGGGCUGCCAAGAGCACGUGGACACGGGACCCCGAUGGCCCGAUGUGGCGCGUCCGCCCUUCAACCCCGAUGGGGGUGCAGAGCCCGGGGCGGGCGGUGACAGCGAAGAGGGCGAUGAGGGCCGCGAGGCCGGCGCGGGUGGCGGAGAGGGGGACUUCGGGGAGGGGACAGGUGAGGACGGGGGCAGCCGAGUGGUGGUGCAGAUGGAGGAGGUCACGCGGACAGUGAACAUGGUGAUGGUGCUGGUGCCCCCGCUGCUGCUGCUCCUCUGCAUCCUGGGCCUCACCUACGCCCUGGUGCAGAUGCAGCGCAAGGGCGCCCCGCGCAUGCUCCUCUACUGCAAGCGCUCGCUGCAGGAGUGGGUCUGACCCCGCCCCGCGCCCGGCCCUCCCGCUCCUCACGGUGCUAAGGGGCCGGGGCUGGCGGUGCCCGUGGUUUUGAGACGGCUCCUGGGGGCACCCAGCAAGGGCCUUCCAUGGCUCCCUCAGCCCCUGGGUGGGGGCUCCUCCAGGCCCCUCCAACAUCCCUGCCAGCCCUGCCCCAUUGUUUAUUUAUGCCCAGGGUUUUCUUUUCUUUUCUUUCUUUCUUUUUUUUUGCACACUAAUUGAGUAUUUGUUUCUACUUUCCUGACUAGGAGCAGCAGUCCAUCAGGGCAGGGGUUAGAGUUUUCUAAAUGUAGUUCUGCUCUGGACAGGGGGUUACCUCCCCGACCCCACCCCUUCCCACCCCGUACCGCCUCUGGCUCGGGCACAGCCAGAGGACCAGAGGGUCAGAAGGCCCAGUUGGAAAGUAGCUGAAGGGUUUUGGAGGGGCCCUCCUCAACCUGAGCGAGCUCUGGAGACUGGGGGGACCUGACUAGUCUCACCCACCUGAAUCUCUGACUUAGGAAGAGCUUACUCCCCGGGGGCAGGCCAGGCCACAGGGGACAGACGGAAGGGUGAGGUAGCCUACUGGCCAUGAGUCAUGUUGAGUUUUGGUUGCUUCCCAGCCCACCUCUCUCAACCCCAGUAACUGAGGCUUCUUGUGUCUUAAGACGCCCACCCCACCCCCGACCAGCCAAGGGGCCCACAGCCCCAGCUCCCACAUACCGCUUGAGCCCACACCUCCUGGCCUGCCUUACCAAGGACCAAAGGGGAUCUGCCACGGCCCCUCCACCCAGGAGCCUCGCCCCCCCCCCCCCCCAGGCUGGGCUUCUAGCCCCCGUCCACUCCUCUCUGAGCUAUGACCCACUUGGGCUCCUUCCUUGGGUCUCUUCCCACCCACCCUCAUCCACACCACUGUCCUCAGGGGUCUCAGAACCCCACCGGUCUCAGGCGCCAGCUGCCAAGGUCCCAGUGGCCCCAGGGAGACAGGGGGCUGAUGGGUGCCCACAGCCCACCAUGCACCAGGCUUGGGGUUUCCUCCCCUCCACUCCCUGUCCCCCAGGGCACUGGGGGGGGGGGGACACUGUGGAGAGGGGCCAGCAGCUCAUCCCCUCAUGC